CGCCCCCUCCUAUGAAUCCAAAUAAGCAGAGCUCACAAUUAUUCUGCAAAAUUUUUCCCUAAAGAAAAGCCUAACCACCUGACAUUAUUCCAAACAAGAGAGUCUUCUAACACCAACAAUGGAUGGAACAUUCGCUUACAUUAUUAUCCUGUUUCUCAUUACUUUAUUUUCAUUCUUGUUCUUCUUACCAAACCGAAAUAGAAGACCCCAGAACAAGACAACAACAAGUGCAAAGCUUCCUCCAGGUUCAAUGGGGUGGCCGUACAUAGGACAGACCUUCCAACUCUACUCCCAAGACCCAAAUGUUUUCUUUUUCACCAAACAGAAAAGGUAUGGUGAAAUAUUCAAGACCAACAUUCUUGGUUGUCCCUGUGUGAUGCUUGCAAGCCCUGAGGCUGCAAGGUUUGUGCUGGUGACACAAGCUCACUUGUUUAAGCCAGCAUACCCCAAAAGCAAGGAACGUUUGAUAGGUCCGUGUGCUCUGUUUUUCCACCAAGGAGACUACCACAUGAGUUUAAGGAAACUAGUUCAGAAGUCUUUGUCACUCCAAACACUCCGCAACUUGGUGCCUGAGAUUGAAGCCUUAGCCUUAUCUUCCAUGGAAUCUUGGGGUGAUGGACGUGUCAUUAACACCUUCAAGGAAAUGAAAAGGUUUUCAUUUGAAGUUGGAAUCCUCACAAUUUUUGGAUAUCUAGAGCCACGGUUGAGGGAAGAGCUCAAGAAGAACUACUGGAUUGUGGACACUGGCUACAAUUCCUUCCCAACUUACAUCCCUGGAACUCAAUACAAAAAGGCACUCUUGGCAAGAAAGAGACUUGGCAAGAUUCUAAGUGAAAUAAUAUGUGAGAGGAGGGAGAAGAAGCUGCUUGAGAGAGAUCUCUUGAGCUGCUUGCUGAACUGGAAAGGUGAAGGAGGAGAAACCUUAUCUGAUGACCAAAUUGCAGAUAACAUUAUUGGGGUGCUUUUUGCUGCUCGGGACACCACAGCUAGUGUCAUCACAUGGGUGGUAAAGUACCUGCACGAUGAACCGAAACUUCUGGAGGCUGUAAAGGCAGAGCAGAAGGCCAUUUACAAGGAAAGUGAAGGUACCCAACCAUUGACUUGGAAUCAAACUAGAAAUAUGCCAAUUACCUACAAGGUUGUGUUAGAGAGCUUGAGAAUGUCAAGCAUUAUAUCUUUUCUUUUUAGAGAAGCAGUAGCUGAUGUAGAGUACAAGGGGUUCCUAAUACCAAAAGGGUGGAAAGCAAUGCCUCUGUUCAGGAAUAUUCAUCACAAUCCAGAAUUUUUUCCAGAGGCUCAUAAAUUCAACCCUUCAAGGUUUGAGGUGGCACCAAAACCCAACACUUUCAUGCCAUUUGGUAGUGGAGUACAUGCAUGCCCCGGCAAUGAGCUUGCUAAGAUGGAGACGUUGAUAAUGAUCCAUCAUUUGGUGACCAAGUUUAGGUGGGAAGUUGUAGGAUCUCAGUGUGGGAUUCAGUAUGGCCCAUUUCCAGUGCCACUCAAUGGACUCCAAGCUAGAUGUUGGAGAGAAUCUACCAGCACCUAGAAAACAAGGAAAGGGAUCAAAGAAACACAUGGUGUCAUUGCUAAGAAGCAAUCCACCUAGAAAACAAGGAAAGGGAUCAAAGAAACACAUGGUGUCAUUGCUAAGAAACAAUCCACUGCAAGUUCUGCCCCCUCUAUCUUUAAUCCUCCUAGUAGGCAUCCUGGAAGAAAGAAGGGAAAGGCCUCAACAGGGGAUGGUUCUUUCUUUAUCUCUUCAUGCAUUAAAUUUGAUAACCAUUUUGAGUCCAAUUAUCAAGGGCUUUUCUUCUCUUAAUUCCUCUAUCCUUUUUAAUAAUAACAGGAUGUGUGUGAUUAAAAUUUAAGAAUCUGUUUGAAUUUCUCAUAAGGUAACUCAUGAAAGAAAAGAAAGUACUACCUACCUACCAAUGCCACUAGCAUAUCUUCAUCAGUGAUGAUUUAAUCAUUUUACAUAAUUGGGCAUGUGCAUUGAAUGUACCUUGAAUAAGGGACAAACAACUAAGUUGUAACAUGACUCUUCCAACAAUCUCUGAUAUUAUUUUAACAAGGGCCAUAGUCCUCUAAUUUUGUUUUGAGGACCAAUGUUAUAAAGAACUGGGGACCUCAU